AUGAGCAGCGACAUUAAUCUCCACAAUACCGUCGGUGCUCUCCAGAUCGGCUCCGUCUUCUCCAUCUUCCUGUAUGGGAUUCUUACGCUGCAGGCCCAUGUGUACUACCAGCAGUAUAAACAAGAUAGAUGGCAGUUCAGAGUAUUGGUCCCGCUGAUUUGGCUGUUCGAUCUCGGACAUACCUUCUGUAUCAACGCGGAAAUCUACAAGGCGACAGUAACGAACUGGGGGCAACCAGAAAAACUCUAUCCCUUCCCAUUCCUAGGUGCAUCGACGGCUAUUGGAGGGACCAUCACCUUUCUCGCGCAAGGCUUCUUCUCCUUCCGAGUCUAUCGAGCCCUUCGCAAACCUUGGAAUUUCGUUGGCGCUGGUACCUUCGUUGUCGCGCUCUUCCGGCUCAUUGGGAGUAUUGUUCUUGCUGUUCUGGGCGUUCGAGCCCCAACCAUCGACGCCUAUCGAAACGACCAUGGGUGGCUGGCUAUCACCCUUCUGGUCCUUGGGGCCAUAAUCGACCUCGUCGUGGCUGGAUCACUGCUGUUCUAUUUCUAUGGGAAGCGGGAGAAGGUUUUUGCUAGGUCGAGUGAUAUCGUCGAUCGCGUCAUUCAAUUUACUUUGUGCACAGGGUUACUACCAAGUGUUUCGGCUGUGGUGAUGGUUAUCGUGUACAACGUCGAUUCGGAUGCAAUGAUCUGGCUGGCCAUCUACACCUGUCUAGCCAAGCUCUAUUCCAACAGCGUGUUGGCCUCUCUUAACUCUCGCUCCACCCCUCGAUCCACGUUCUCCAAAAGUGCUUCAAUGGACCCUUCUACUGUACGGCCCUCACGACCACGACAGAACAGGCCAGGCGAAGUGGUCAUAGAGAUGAAGUCUACCGUCGCGCAUUACAUUGAUGAUCAUCAAGACUACAUGAAUAAACCGUAUGACCUCGAACGCUCGCAGACGCCUAUGGAUGACGGCCCCAAGGCCCGAUAA